UAAAUGUCCAGAAUUAUACACAAAACCUCUCCCUUCUCUUUUUCAUCUUAUAGACUGUGAAACUCUGCUUUCCUUUCUAUUCCUCUAAAAUUUGAUGCAUAAACUAAAGUUUUAAUUAGCCUUGUGUCUCUUUCUCUGUGUGGAUGCAUAGCUGUAGCCUGUAUGUGGUUGUUGAUGCAUUAUGUCUUCAGUAAUCAGUGAAGUUCUUCUGUCUGGUUUUAUCGUAAACUCAACUCUUCAUCGACGUACUCACUUGGUUCAAUCCUUCUCUGUAGUCUUCCUUUACUGGUUCUAUGUGUUUUCAUGAACAUAAAUUAAACUUCCUUAUUAAGUUCUUCAGCUUUUAUUAGUAUCUUUUUCCCUAUAUGCUCUGUUUCUUCAAAUGAGUUUCGAAUACUGAGUGAUAUAUAGAAAGUUAUGGCUUCUUCAAAUGGAACUUCCCCAGGGUUAUUAAGGAAGAAGUAUGGUACUGAAGAUGAAAGAAAACGUAAAAGAAUGAUAUCGAACAGGGAAUCAGCAAGAAGAUCAAGAAUGAAGAAACACAAGUAUUUGGAUGUGUUAUUGGCUCAAAUGAAUCUACUCAAGGAGGAAAAUAAUCAAAUUGUGAUUAACAUAAAUAUGGUUAAUCAGCUUUACUUGAACAUGGAAGCACAGAACUCUGUUCUCAAAGCUCAGAUGGUUGAGUUAAGUCACAGGCUGCAGAGUGCUGAGGAGAUCAUUAACUGCAAUAAUGUUAAUGCUGGAGAUGAUUUCUUGAAAACUUGGGAUUUUCUUCCAUGGGAAUCAGAGCGGAUAAUAACAACAUACCCAGUGUAAUUUCAUAAGUGAGGUCUGAGGAGAAUGACGUGUAUAUAGACCUUACCUUACCUUGAAAGGGAGUGAGAUUGUUUUCGAUAAAUCUUUCAUUUAUGUAUGAUGAACAAAUCAUUUCUUUUUCCGUA